AUGGUGAUUUCAUUUUGUCUUUUUUAUCACAGAAAAAUCUAUGACCAAGAAGGGAAACCCAACUUGCUGGACAUGGGUUCACUCCUCAUCAAACCUGUCCAGAGGAUCAUGAAGUACCCGUUGCUGCUUAGUGAGCUGUGGCAGGCCACACCUGAAAACCACCCUGACUUUCGGCCACUGCAAGAGGCUUUCACUGCUGCCAAGAUCAUAAAUGUUAACAUCAACGAGUUCAAGAGACGCAAGGAUAUAGUUAUGAAGUAUAAGAGGCUGGAAGAUGAAGGCACACUGAGGGGCAAACUACACAAAUUCAACAUCCACUCCAUCCGAAAGAAAGGCGAUAGGUUUGCUGGCUAUCUCAAGAUCCUCACUGGAGUUGAACCACAGGUGAGAGAUGAAAUAUUUGAUAGAGAAGAGAAGCUGUUCAGGAGUCUGGAGAAAGCUGUGAGGCAGCUGGUCAAGAAUGUCCAGUUUUACCUGCAGCACACUCAGGAGAUGGUGUCUGUAGCUGUUCAGAAGGUCCAGGACAUGGAGAACGUCAUCAAGGAGCCAAACAAAAAUGACACAAACGGAUCAUCGCACAGUAAUGGCAAUGACCCCUAUAAGCACUUUAAAGACAGUAUGGAGCGCUUGGUCCUCGCCCCCCUCUCCUCCCUACAGGGCAUGUUCACAGCCCCACAGAAGCUCAUUCAGAAACGUUAUGACAAAUUACUGGAUUACUGUAGCCGCCUGGAGCGCUCUUCCUCUUUUUCGUCCUCAUCUUCUGCAUCCACCACUUCUUCCUCUACUUCACUGGUGUCAGAGGACCCGCCUGGCCCUGCCAGGAGGGACUAUGAAGCUCUCAAUGCCCUGCUAGUGGAGGAGUUGCAGAGGUUCAAUAUGGCCGCCUAUACUAUCCUAACCAACUGUGUGGUGUAUCUAGUGGCCUUACUGAGAGAGCUGACGGAUAAAAUACUACUCCGUGCUCCAUCCAUACAUCAGCUACCGGCUCCAUUGUCAAACAUCACUGAAGUGCAGAACAGCAUCAUGGAUGAACUGAACAAUCUGACUUUUGUCAAGGAUAACGCACAGAAGUUAAUGGAGCGAAAAGUCAGCUUUGAGAGACAACGAGACAAGAAAAUUACGAUGCCAGAGGUACAGCAUCAAACCGAGGAACAGCGUGCCUGGCUGCUGGCAGAAUAUCCACUGAACCGUCUGUAUCAGCUGAAGAGGAAGUGUAAUGGCUGCCAGGAGCAGGACCUCAGCCUGCUGGAGGGAGAGCUGGUGGCCCUGCUGGAGGACACAGACCCAUUAGGCAGUAGCAGCCGCUGGCUGGUUCACACUGGAGGCAAGUGUGUGUAUGUGUAUGCAUGCAUAAGGACAUAGACCCUUGGGGCAGAGGUAGC